AUGGAGUUGUUCUUAAUCGUAUUGCUCGGGUGGUUCGUUUACGACAACUAUCGAAACGAUAAAACUAAAAGGAGUACCUCCCUUCUUCGAGACGAAGGAGAAAAAACAACCAUUCUCUCAAAAGUUCAAACACUCUUUGGUUUCUUUCGUAAAGAAGACGACGACGAAACAACAACAACAACAACAACAAGCGCGUCAGAGAAGCAACAAGCGCGUCGAUCGAAGGGAGCGAAGGUCUUCGUCUCUUCCGAGAAGGAGGAUGAGGAGGAAGAUCCGUUAGCAAAGUUGGAUAUGUCUCUUAUCGAGCGCCAAAAAGUUCAUGAUGCCGACGGCGUUGGCAAAAAAGAGGACGAUUUCGAUGCGGAUACUUCAGAAGGAACGCUCGGCAGUGGUGCAGAAGUCGAAACACACAGAGAGGGAAACGUGGCGUCACCGAGAGCGUCUUCAAAGCGACCAUGUAAAGGCAUCUUUAGCGCAUUAGAAUUUGGCGAGUGUUCUGUGAAAUGUGGUAUCGAAGGAGGUAUAAAACUCCCACUGUUUGAGAAGGAUGACAACAUGGACGAGGAUUGCGUCUUACCGAAACCGCCGGUAUCAUCGAGUAUGAAGUGCAAUGUCGGUGUAGAGUGUCCGCAAAACUGUAUCGGUAAGUUUGACGAGUGGACGGCGUGCGACGAAGAGUGCGGCGUAGGAUUUCGACGACGACAAUUUAUAGUAACACAACCCCAGAAAGGUACCGGAUCAAAGUGCGCGUACCUUAAUGGGCACGUAGCCACGGAAAAGUGUUUUGGAGAUAAAACAGGCACGACAUUUUGCCAAAACAGGGAUUGCGCCGGAGAUUUUGGCGCGUGGUCGAAGUGCACAAAAGAAUGCGGGGGAGGCACGAAGCAUCGCGUGUACUCACAAACGCAAAAAGCGGGAACGUUUGGUAAGUCGUGUCCGUAUCCUGACAAAUAUCGCGAACAAGAAAAGUGUAACGAAGAGGAAUGCAUACUGCCGGACUUUUGUGAAGGUCGAUGGAAAAUCACCGAACCUUGCAGUGCGAAAUGUGGCGGUGGGAAGACGACCAGGGCGUUUUUCGUGACGAAAGAGGGAAAAGAGUGUCCGAAUGAAGACGUUCGAGAAGUUCUGUCUUGCAACACGCAGAGCUGUCCGAAGGCGAAAGAUUGCGGUAAAUGGGAGCCAUGGAGCGCGUGUUCGGUUCCAUGUGACGACGGUAUUCAAACGAGAAGGUAUAAACGCACUGGACCUGCAGUUUUCGGAGGGAAAUGUCCCGAAGAAGAUGGCGCGAAGCAAAAGCGCAAAUGUAAUUUAGGAUCGUGCGAAAAUUUGUGCAUGGGCGCAUUUACAGAUUGGGAUGUUGAAUGUCCGAAAUGCAUUUCAGAAGGAUCUUACACAGCCGACAACAAAUUCAGAACGAGAAAGUACGUCAUUCCAGAUAGCGACGCUGAAAACAGUAGCUCGUACGCUAAAUGUCCGCACGAAAACGGAUACGUUGAGCGUCAAAAAUGUCCACCGUUGAUGAUCACGUGUCCAGUACGAUGUAUUGGCGAAUGGAGCGCGUUCUCCAAAUGCACACGCAACUGCGACGGUGGGACAACAAAAAAGACGUAUUCAAUCUUUCGACCCGCGAAAGGGAGUGGGGAGCAGUGCGAGGCAAAGCAUGGCCAAGUCGUUGAAAAUGAAUGCAACACGCAUAAAUGCGAACGCGAAUGUCUAGGCGUAUGGAAUAAACACACUGGGUGCAUAGUUUCGGCGAAAAACUUUGCAGAUCCUGAUUUGAAAUGUACCGGUGAAAAGAUCGAACGCUUCGAUUUGAUUCCUCCACAAAUUGAAAAGCACAUAGGGUGCUCUUUACCAACAGUCGGCGGUGAUAUUUUCGAUACGUACGAGGGUGAAAAAGGAUGGUUUAAACGUGUACUUUGCGAUACUGGCAAAUGUAUCAAGAAGGUUGAAAUCGAAAUCGUUUCUGACGACGGCGGGAAUAGCUAUGACGACGACGACAACGAUGCCGACGACGAGGAGAACACGCGCGUAUCGAAAGUGCGCAGAAGUAAAAGAAGAGGAGGUAGUAGUGGUAGCAUGAAAUAG